UUUUAUUCGACGGCUGUGUAUUUUCUGCAAAAGAGUUUAAAAGGUCAGAGAAAGAGAUGAAAAACGAGAAUGCUUUUCUCAACAAGAUAUUUCCUGGUGGGUAUAUGCGCCGCUGUGACUCUGACAAUCCUCGGGGUUCAUCGGAAUAUUCUCUCGGAUGAGGAUUUAUCCAACAAGAAAACACCAUUGGCGAUUAAACAUGAAGAAAUGGCGAAAAUAAGAAAGGAUUUACAGACCAGGAUUUUCAAAGAAAUAAUGAACAGGACGUUCUAUGACGAUCCUUUGAAUGGAAAGUGCGAAGCAAGCACACAUCUUUUGAGAACUAAAGAUUCUAUGGAAUGUCUUUCCACAAAUAACAUUUUCUUCUUGGAAACAUCUGGUUCCUCACGCUUGAAUGCCCGCCAAGCCUGUGCUGUUGAAUCCGCAGCUCUGCAUCACCCUCAGUGGCAGGUGAGGGUUCUUUUCACUCCCACCGAGUCACUGAAUUUAUCGGAUUCUUUCAUGGAAUUGCUUUCUUUAUUCAGCAAUGUCAAGUUGUUGAAAAUGGAACUGGAUUUCCUAUUGCCAGGAACACCUCUCUGGUAUUGGUACAAAAGAGGCAGGUGGAAAUCCAGCCCUCACAAGGUAGUGCACUUGAGUGAUGCCGUUCGUCUAUGCUUGCUGUGGAAGUAUGGUGGUAUCUACUUGGACACGGAUGUCGUCGUUCUUCGCUCCCUUUCUCAACUGCGCAAUGCUGUUGCUUACGACAGCGGAACAAACAUCGGCAAUUCUUUUCUCGCUUUUGACAGAGGCCAGUCACUCCUACGUGUCACCCUCACAGACUAUGUUGCUUCCUACAAUCCUAAUGGCUUUGCUAGCAAUGGCCCUCUUCUCCUAAACCGGAACUUCAGAGAACAUUGUAAGCCGAACCCCAACAAUGGAACUGAUAACUUAUGUCAUGUAAAUGUCCUUCCCAAAAUUUCAGUUUAUCCCAUCGAUUUUACUAAAUGGCAAGAGUAUUUUAAGCCACAAACUGCUACACUCAGCGCGACUGCAUUCAAAUCCAGCUACAUCAUCCACGUUUGGAACAAGCUCAGCAGUGCAGGUAAAAUGUAUGUAGGAUAUAACAGUUGGUAUGAAAUGGCAAUGAAAGAACAUUGUCCGAAAGUUUAUGAACUUGUAGCACGCAUAGGCUACGCUUAGAACUGAAAUGAAUCGCGUUGUGUCAAUGAAAUUUAGUGUGAUGAUCUUAAACGGCAAGGCAAUUAUUUCUUGCUUGUUUAGGACAAAAGAGCAAUAAGUAUAUUGCAAUCAGCGCAAUACAUUUUACCUGUUGUAUCUGAAAUCUCAAAGUGUACGGAAGGAGUAUUUAGAAGUCUAAGGAGAUAAUGGUAACUCAUUAACUUCGAUAACCAUUAUCUCUUUGACAAAAUGUGACUCCCUUUAAUCAAUCCAAGUUAGAAGACUGUCAUGUAGGAAAUCUAUGGUAAUUAUUUAUCUCAUAUUUGACAUCAAAAGAGAAUAGAAUUAUAAUGUACAUUCCUAAUUUACUAUACUUUGUAUUUCAAUACCAUUAUUCCUUAUGCGCGUUCAUUUGUUUUUAAAUUAAAGAAAAAACUAUUUUUUUAUGAAAGAAUUUUUCCGAGAUCAAUAUGAUAACGAUGAACAAUAUGCAAAUACUAAACAACCCAUUUAAAUCUGAAAGCCUCAUCUCACAAUUACGGCAUUUAUUUACAACUGGCAAUUCUUGUGUUACGGAUUUGUUAUGAGCCAGGAUAGAACCUGGGACCUUGUGGUUCGCAGCCCAGUAAUAUGACCACAAUACAAAAGCAAUUGAUCGUGCACCGUAGCUAUUAACUGACAAAUAAGCUUUCACCACACUUGCAUGUAAUUUGUAUACAUUUGUAUUGCAAUAAGUAACAGUACUGAAAUGGAAAAGAUCUUAUCAAAUAAAAUGUAUUCAAUUUACUCCCAAAAUGCAUUAAUUUAUUCAUAGCGAAUCAUUUUAUAUAGAUUAACAAUAUGUGUGUCACAGUAUAGAUUAUUUAAUUAUAUUUAUUGCCUUCGAUUAUCUGUAAAAAAAUCUCGUUUAUCUGUUCUGUUUCCAUUUAAAU